AAAGUUAAACCCUAGGAAAUCGUAAUCGGUAAUUCACUGAUUCCUCUCUCUUCAACCAUUCAACAACACCAUCGAAUCUAAAAAAUCGAAGGGAAGAAACUCGAAAUUGAAGCCUAGGAUUCGACCUACAACUAGAAAUCGAGCAUGGACAGAUAAGGAGUGAAAAACACAGUAUAACAAGAUGGAGAGUAGUAGUGAUAACAAUUUUAAAUCAAAGAGAAUUGUUUUUGUGACUGUUGGCACAACAUCUUUUGAUUCUCUUGUUAGAAGUGUGGAUACUGACCAAGUUAAAGAAGAAUUGUCAAAGAAAGGAUACACUCACCUUGUCAUUCAAAUGGGUCGCGGAUCCUACAUCCCUAAAAAGUCUAGUGGUGAAGAUGGAUUACUGGUUGUUGAUUACUUUACCUUUUCUUCAAGCAUUGCAGACUAUUUAAGAUCAGCAUCUCUUGUUAUAAGCCAUGCAGGUUCAGGGAGCAUAUUUGAGACAUUAAGGCUAGGGAAACCUUUAAUAGUGGUAGUGAAUGAAGACCUAAUGGACAACCAUCAAAGUGAGUUAGCAGAAGAAUUAGCAGAAAGGAAACAUUUAUUUUGUGCUCACCCACAAACACUCUACCAAGUCAUUCAAUCAUUGGAAUUGGAAUCCAUCAUUCCAUACCACCCAGGUGAUGCCACUCCUGUUGCUAAACUAAUCAAUCGGCAUCUGGGUUUUCCUGCCGAUUGAUCAAAUCAAAUUAACUUCAUAUUGAUAUUAUGUUAUACCCAUUUAUUGAACUCCUCCUACAUCCAUAAUGUAAAAAAAAAGACAUAGUAAAAACACAAGCGAUUGUGGAGCUACAAACAAGAAAAAAUGAUUACAUAUUCUUAUGCCUACAAGUACUUCCCAUCUUUGUUAUUCUAGAAUAUUCUUCCCAUUUGGUCGUUGAAUAUGGCGUUACAUGUAACUCAGAAAAUUGACAUAUAUUUUACAAACUUCCUAUCUAUGCUUUUCCUGAUCAUACAAGAAAUCAAUCUCCCCCGUUGAUUGAAGAUUUUGUUGUGAAACCGCAUGCAUUUGAGGGACACCAUUCAAAACCAAAUUCCCACUUUGCCACACUUGAUUAACAACGGACCCACCUUCAAACGGGCCCACAUCAGCAAAUAUAGCAAUCUCAUUAACCGAUGACUCAGCAGAUAAACCCGAAACUUGAAAACUAAGAUUUCCCGGCACCAUUGAAGGACUAUAACUAUUUAUCAAAGUCGUAUACACCAUCAUACUUCCAUUUCCAUUAUGAAAAGCCACAAUUGCUUCCGACCCAACCAUGCCUAUUUGGUUCGGGUUAACCGCCCAUGCGACCCACCCGCGUGGGCCCUGGCGGGCCCUGUACGCGAUCCGGGCUAUACCCGUUGAUGAAUUGUAGGUCCAAUGAAGCUCUGCAGAUAGAUGGGGUAGAUCCCUACAAGAACUGUAGAUUCUUCUGGAUGUGAAUUUGUAUUCCGAACACAUUCGAGCAUAUGAUAUAUCAAAAUGAGAUGCAAGAAAAUAAAAAAAUAUGACGAGGACGGAGGUUAUAGUUAUGGCCAUUGAUGGAAUUAAAAAACUUAGGUUAUUGAUAUUGUUAAUGCUUAAUAACAACUUAUAUUGAUAGUCAUAAGUGUAUGUAGGUUGUCAUGAAACUUUUAUUUACUCAUAGGAGGUGCAUCAUGUGUGAUAAACCAACUACUUGAUGUGAUCAAAGCAGUAAAUGUGUGAAAAAUUACAUGACUUCAUCACAAAAAAAGUCAACUUUAAAGAUUUUAUUAUUAUUAUUAUUAUUUUAUUUUUAAGUUGAAUACUUUCGAAGCUUCCCUAUGAAAAGUACUUGUAAUUUAACUCUUGUACUCUUUACAGAUUGGUAGCAUUAUAAUUAUUGUAUCUCAUCCUUAUCAUUAAGACAAACAUGGGGCAUAUUGUGUAAAAGUAUGGUGGCACAAUUAUAAGAAAAAGAUCUUUUGGGAAGGCAAAAAAGUUUAAGAUAAAGGCAUUUUCACUUUUGUAUAGCAUAUACUCAAUUAGGGAAUCUUAGUAGAAGGAUGGCAUGCCAUGCUUUUUAACAUCGUUAACAUGAUCACAUGUGCAUUUUACCAAUCAUUGAACACCAUCAACAUAAGUGUAUGAGAAUAUAUAAAUUACAAUACUUUAAAAAGACGAAAAAUCAAUAACAUCAGUCGAUUGAAGAUUCUGAAACUCCAUUUCAUGCAUCAUAGGAACACCAUUCUGAUCCAAGCUCCCAACUUGCCACACUUGGUUAACAACCGGCCCAUUUGCAAGUGGACCCACAACCGCAAAAAUGGUUAUCUCAUUGUUUGCAUACUCGACUGAAAGCUUUGAAACAUGGAAGGAGAGUUUUUUAGGCUGCAUUGAUGGGUUGUACCCUGUGAUUGUUGUUGUGUAUGCUGACAUCAUGCCUUUACUAUUCUUAAAAGCUAUGAGUGCUUGUGAUCCAACCAUGCUUCUUCUGUAUGGAUUAAUUGCCCAUGCAAUCCACCCCUUUGGAGUGUGUGGGGCCCGGAAUGCGAUCUUUGAUUGAUUUGUGGACUUGAAGUAAGUCCAGUGAAGAUGAGCAUUGAGAUAUGGAAGGUCUUUGCAGGAAGUGAAGGAUCUUUUGGAUGUGAAAGUGUGAUUUGAACAAGUUUGAGAAGAUGUAGAGAAGAAAAGAGCAAUGAGAAUGGUGGAGACAUAUAGAAUGGAUGGAGAGCUUAAAACUAUAGCCAUGGUGGAGUUUGUUGAGUUUUAGACUAUAGAAUCUUGAGGUGUUCUAAUUUAUUGUGGAGAG